GAACAUAUUGUUUGUCGCAACGCGCACCAUAUCUAUUCGAUGAAAGAAGAUCAAAAGACACACAAACUUUGUUCUGUUCGAUCGUCUUGAUUCUUGAAUAAUAUGAAAACAUCCUCCUCACUUCUGAUCUUCACAGUUCUAUCUCUUCCAUUAAUCUCAGCUGAAGAAUGGGAGCUAAGCAUACCAUCAACGGCGACGGCGGCGAGGAGUAGUCUCCGGGUCCGAGAGGGAUCACCGUUCAAGAUCGCAAUCUUUGCAGACCUCCACUUCGGUGAAGACACGUGGACUGAUUGGGGUCCACGUCAAGAUGCAAACUCUGUUAACGUUAUGUCUACUGUUCUUGACGCUGAAACUCCAGAUUUUGUGGUGUACUUGGGAGAUGUAGUAACAGCUAACAACAUAGCAGUCCAUAACGCAAGCUUGUUUUGGGACAAAGCAAUCUCACCUACAAGAGACAGAAACAUCCCAUGGACCAGUCUCUUUGGUAACCAUGAUGACGCUUCUUUCGUUUGGCCUUUGGAUUGGUUCUCUUCCUCUGGUGUCCCUCCCAUUCUCUGUCCCUCAGUAUCAAACUCCUCCUUCUUUGGUGAUGAUGAUGAUUAUGAUGGAUGCGGUUUUAGAGGAACAACGCGAGUGGAACUGAUUCAAGAAGAGCUAAAAGCAUCCAGUGCACUCUCGUACUCAGCCAUUGGUCCUAAGGAGCUGUGGCCAAGCGUAACUAACUAUGUCAUUCCCGUGGUAUCAUCUGAUGGUUCGAAACGAGUCGUCGCGUUGCUGUACUUUCUUGACUCGGGUGGUGGUUCAUACCCGGAGGUUAUAUCAAAUGCUCAAGUGGAGUGGUUUAAAACCAAGUCCAAUACUCUUAAUCCUGAUUUGAGUAUCCCGGAGUUGAUAUUUUGGCACAUACCUAGUAAAGCAUACAAGAAAGUAGCUCCACGGUUAUGGAUAACUAGACCUUGCGUCGGAUCAAUCAACAAAGAGAGAGUCGCUGCUCAAGAAGCUGAAAAUGGUAUGAUGAGAGUUCUUGAGAACAGAUCUUCGGUUAAGGCUGUGUUUGUAGGACACAACCAUGGACUAGACUGGUGCUGUCCAUACAAAGACAAGCUGUGGCUUUGCUUUGCGAGGCACACCGGUUAUGGUGGAUAUGGAAAUUGGCCAAGAGGAUCAAGGAUUCUGGAGAUUUCUGAAGUGCCUUUUCGGAUUAAGUCUUGGAUUAGGAUGGAAGAUGGAACUGUCCACAGUGAAGUUAAUUUAACCUGUGAUGACUAGUCUUUUUCUUAAUUACAUACUCAACGGUUGUCGUAUUUUUUUUCCUGAGCGCUUGUGUCAUUAUCAUUGAUUGUCUGUCUAUUUAUCUUUUCUCCUAAGAGGAACAUCAAUUUCACAUUGAGAGACAAGA